UGCCUCCCCCUGCCCGCGCGCCGCUCUCCUUGACCUUGGCUAGGAUGAUAUCGAGCCGCGAGUUUUUCAGGACUUGGCUAGGGCCCUUCUCAGAAAGUUCUGUAGCUUCGUCAGAAGAGGAGGGCAGUAGCACCCACCUUAUCGCGAGUGUGACAGAUAUAACUAAGAUGCUCAGCACACACAAAGAAAUUUGCCCCUUAUCUGUAAAAUGCGGAUGUAAUAGAACUUACCUCAAAGAAGCUGUGAGGGAAUUCGGUGAAACGAUGCACUUAAAAGCAAGUAGUUCUGACAGCACUUUGUUUCACUGACAGGAUAAAUUCAUUGACUGGAUGCUGCUUGCCUGUGAAUGAUGGCAGUGGAAGAGAUCCUGGGACUUUUGACAAAAGCAUCUACAAAAAGACACUACCCUGCAGGCACAGCAUCAAGUGUAGUGUGGACUCUUUUUGAAUAUUGUUUUCUGAGAGAGUGCUACCAUCUUCUAGCUGUUUGCCAGCAAAGGUCAGACACUGAUGGUCAGGGGUUAUACCAGCUCACCCUGGAUAUCAUUGUGAUGAUACGAGUGUGUAAAAUGUUCCGCCAAGGCCUCAGGGGAUUCCGAGAAUAUCAGAUCAUUGAGACUGCUCAACGGAAGCACCCUCUCUUCUCCAUCUGGGAUGAAAGGAAGCAAGGUCGAAUCACAUUUGAUACCAUGGAGUUUGUUGCAGAGGAGGGUCACUUGCCUCCAAGGGCAAUCCAGAUUGCACUGAAGAAGCCUUCCUGGAGGACAGAGGAGGAGAUCCAGUCCCUUUGCAACAUCUUGCAGGUUCUGGAUAGCUUCCGAAACUAUUCGGAGUCCCUCCAGAUGCUGCUGGCCAAAGUCAUGCGCUUUGAACGGUUUGGUCGCAGGCGUGUGAUAGUCAAGAAGGGGCAGAGGGGCAGCAGCUUUUAUUUUAUCUACCUGGGCACGGUUGCAGUGACUGAGGAUGAGGAUGGCAGCAGUGCCUUCCUGGACCCUCACCCGACAUUGCUGCACAAGGGCAACAGUUUUGGGGAAAAGGGCCUUCUGAGUAAUUCAUUAAGGAGGGCCACCGUGGUCUGUAUGGAAGAAACAGAGUUCUUGGUUAUUGACAGAGAGGAUUUCCUUGCUAACAACAUGGUCCAGGAAGUUGAAAAGGAUGCUCAGCAACGGUUUGAAUUUUUUAGGGGCCUGGGUCUCUUUGAGUCAUGGUCAGACCAAAAGCUCUGGAAGCUUGCAAGUCUAGGGAAGGUGGAGAAAUUCUCAUAUGGGCAGGUGAUCACAAAAGACUUUGUAGAAUCAUCCUCCAUCAUCUUCAUCUGCAAGGGCAGCUGUGAAGUCCUGAGGCUGAUAGACCUGUCAGCCUCCUCUUCCUACUGUAAGUGGAUCUGGCAGCAUCUGCAGCUGAUAGAUGACAAACCUCUAAAGACCUACCAUAUUGAACCUUCUUCUAUAGAGAGAUUCAAGGACUUCAAGAUCAAAUCCUAUCCUCAGCAGGACUUUAGUACUCUGAAACUUCUGCAUCUCAAGAAAUCCUGGGAGAAAGAAGGGACUGAUUUCAAUAUGGACAGUAAAGCCAUAAAAAAUAAUCUCCCAAGGGCCUUUGGCCCAAAGAUCAAAUCCAGGCAUCUUCAACCAAUCAAAUUUCCCAUGAUUAAUACCAAAUAUGGCUGUAUCCCCAAGGCUGCUGUAGUGGGGGCCUACAUGAAGAUCCACACAGUAGAGCAGGGAGAAAGCAUGGGCCUUCACCAGAUCCUCCUCCCAGAGACCCAACAGGACAUGCGCCCCUUGAUCCUCGUGAGCCUGGGAUCUGAGGUGAUACGGAUGAAGAAAAAAAAGUUUUGUGAACUGAUUGACAGUGAGAUUACAGAAAAAUUGUCCAGGUUCCAAAUCCAGUACCCCAGAACCGGGAUGUAGGCCAGAAGUGUGUGAGGGAAAGGAUUCACUAGACUGGGGAGCAGAACAAGCAGAUCCACUGAAACACACUACUAAAGGGAGCAGCAGGCAAGAGAGAAGAGGUCUGCUGCGUCAU